UCUGGUAAAAACGUAAUGCUCAUGGGUGACUACAGUUUACCAUCUAUUAAUUGGUCUGGUCCAGUUCCAGUUAGUAGCUCUUUAAUCAGUCAUUUAUUCAUCAAACAGUAUGUUUCCCUUGGCCUCACCCAAUGGAUUAAAUUGCCUACUUUUCUUAUUUCUGGAAACAUUCUAGACUUGGUUCUUACUUCUGAGCAUGAUCGUAUAUCUAGACCUGACAGCGUUGCUCCACCUCCAGGCUGUGGCCAUCAUGCAAGAGAUUAUGAUGAAUCUUCAUUAGAAGAUGACAUAGUGAUAAUGAAGAAGUCUAUGAAAUUGUCCACUGCCACAUCUCUUUGUGCAUCAGCCUGCUGGAGGUUUUCUGCAUGCAUGGUGAAGGUUUAUAAACCAGGCCGGGUGGUAAUCCUACUGACUGGCAAGCAGGCUGGCAAGAAAGCCAUUGUCAUCAAGAGUAAUGAUGAGGGUACACAGGACCGCCCCUAUGAACAUGGCCUGGUGGCUGGCAUUGAACGCUACCCUCGCAAGGUGACCAAGAGCAUGAGCAAGAAGAAGAUUGCACGCCGCUCCAAGAUCAAGCCAUUUGUCAGGAUCGUGAAUUUGAAGCAUGUGAUGCCCACCCGUUACACUGCAACAGACAUUGUCUUUGACAAAGUAGAGAUCAACAAGGAAAUCUUGAAGGAUCCUGCCCGCAGAAAGAAGGCACGCAGGAUGGUCAAAGCCAAACUAGAAGAAAGGUACAAGUCUGGCAAGAACAGGUGGCUUUUCCAAAAGCUUCGCUUCUAAAUAAACAUGGAUUAGUA